GCUACAUGGUUCAUCUUGGUAUGGUAAAUAAAUCUGACUUUCAAUCAUCUGACGAUACCAAAAUAAUGAAUUUUGGCAACAAAGUAACAGUCUUAACAGGCGACUUCUUCCUAGCCAAGGCAUCUGUUGGCCUGUCUGAGCUGGAAAACACGGAAGUUGUCGAUGUUAUGGCAAGCGUUAUUGGCGAUAUUGUCGAGGGUGAAACAAUGAAGGAUUGUAAGACUGUGAAUGACACAAGUUUGGCUGAAUGGGAGGAAGUGAUUUUUAAAUCUCAAGGGAGUCUUUUUGCUAAAAGUUGUUUGGCUGCUUUAAAGUUGUAUUCUUUGCCGCAACAU